GCGUUUAAAUUGAAUCCCCACAUUCAUCAACUUCCCAUUUUAUCACCUUCCUUCCUGCCUUCCUUGUAAAUUUUCUUGCCUUUCCCAUUCUGCCUUCUGGAUUCUGCUCAAGGGGCCCCUAUUUCUGAAACAAAGAAAAAGAGAAAAGAUUUUUAUAAUUGAGUUCACUGUUCUGUUUUUGUUUGAUCCUUUCUUAGGCUUGUUUUUUUUGUUAUUUACGAGGUUUUCUUGAAGUAGCACCUAUGUACUCUGACUACACCACCGAAAGUUUUGAUCUUUGUCCCUCGUUUCAGAAAAUAUUCAAAAUUUUAGAAGACUUUGUCUUUCUCAAUUACAGGGUUUGAACGGUUAGUUUUGUUUCAUUCAAAUUUUGUUUCUUUGCUUUCAUACUGACUGGUUCUGCUCUUUUUAUUUCAUUGUCUGUGAGGGAGAAUUGAGAUCAAACCGAAUUCUAAAGGGAGGGAAAUGAAAACAGGGGAAAUGUUAUUGUUCUGGUUUUCUGUGUGGGUUUUUCUUGGAGGGAGUGGUAGAGUCAUGGCGGCAACGGAGAGUACAGGGGAGAGAGAGCUUAGUCAGACGCCGACAUGGGCGAUUGCCAGUGUCUGUGCUGUUAUCAUCAUCAUCUCGUUUCUCUUGGAAAAGUCUCUUCACAAACUUGGAACGUGGUUCACAGAGAGGCGCAAGAAAGCUCUUUUCGAAGCUCUGGAGAAGAUCAAAGCUGAGUUGAUGAUUAUGGGUUUCAUUUCACUGCUGCUGACUUUUGGACAGACUUACAUAGCCAGGAUCUGUAUUUCUUCGAAGGUUGCAGAUACCAUGUUGCCCUGUGAAGCUGAUGGCAUCAAUGAUGGUGGCAGUAGUAAUAGCAGUAGCGGUGAGGAUGGUAGGCGAAAACUCUUGUGGUUUGAGGGAAGAUAUUUAGCCGCUGUUGAUACUUCACCCACAUGUAAGGAGGGUUAUGAAUCGCUUAUAUCUAUCAAUGCGUUGCAUCAGUUGCACAUCCUUAUUUUUUUCUUGGCAGUUUUUCAUGUUCUCUAUAGUGCCGUUACAAUGUUGCUUGGGAGGCUAAAGAUUCGCGGCUGGAAGGAGUGGGAGAAGGAAACUUUAUCUCAUGACUAUGAGUUUUCUAAUGACCCCUCAAGAUUCAGGCUUACUCAUGAGACAUCGUUUGUGAAAGCACACAACAGUUUCUGGACAAGGAUUCCUUUCUUCUUUUAUAUUGGAUGCUUCUUCAGGCAGUUUUUCAGGUCUGUUGGGAAAACUGAUUACUUGACAUUGCGAAAUGGAUUUAUUGCUUUACAUUUAGCUCCAGGAAGGAAAUUUGAUUUCCAAAAAUACAUCAAAAGAUCAUUAGAAGAUGAUUUCAAAGUAGUUGUUGGAGUAAGUCCUCUGUUGUGGGCAUCUUUUGUGAUCUUUGUACUCCUAAAUGUUAAUGGAUGGCACACGUUAUUAUGGGCAUCUUUAAUUCCAGUCAUUAUAAUCCUAGCUGUUGGGACAAAGCUUCAAGCCAUUUUGCUAAAGAUGGCUCUUGAAAUCACAGAAAGGCAUGCAGUGGUCCAAGGAAUGCCUCUUGUGCAAGGCUCUGACAAAUAUUUUUGGUUUGGCCGGCCCCAAUUAGUUCUUCAUCUCAUCCAUUUUGCUUUGUUCCAGAAUGCCUUCCAGAUAACAUAUUUCUUUUGGAUUUGGCAUCCACAUGGAGAGACAACUUGCUUACAUGCCAAUUACAAGCUUGCCAUUGUCAAAGUAGCAUUGGGGGCUGGAGUCCUAUGCUUGUGCAGCUACAUAACACUGCCAUUACAUGCCCUCGUAACUCAGAUGGGUUCAAGGAUGAAGAAAUCGAUCUUUGAUGAGCAAACAUCUAUAGCCCUUAAGAAUUGGCACAAGGCUGUGAAGAAAAAGCGGGGGAAGGUUGGAAAGUCUAGUAAAACUCUUGGUGGAAAUUCAAGUUCUCCUCCUUCAUCAGUCUCCCAAAACACACUGCACCGUUUCAAGACAACCGGUCAUUCAACACGCUCUUCUUUUGCCUAUGAUGAUCGCGAUGCAUCUGAUCUUGAAGCUGAUCCAUUAUCACCCACACCAGCGCCAGUGGAUCAUGAUGAUCAAGCUACUGAAAUGCAUGAAACCCACCAUGAAGAAACCACCAGCAAUGAAGGUGAAUUCUCCUUUGCCAGGCUUGCCCAGCCAAGGCAAGCAUGAAGGAAUUUUGGUUCCUAUCAUGCAGCCAACACAACGGAUAUCACUGUAUAAAUUUUUUGUUGCAAGUAGUUUUAAGAAAGUAUUAUUAUUUUUGGAAUGUAGCCUGGAAGUGGCAUUUUCAGGAUAUCACUAUGCUUGUUCACAAAUGAAUGACUUCUAUAUAAUCUAGCCAUGUUUGAGAGUUUUGAAAGGUAAUUGGUUUUUUUCGCGUUCAUACACUAGUACUAACGUUAUAGUCCCUCUUGAAAGUGGAUAUUAAAGGGUAUUCAUGUGC